GUGAUUGGUCAAGUGUGUUGUGGCGGCGACGGACGCGGGACAGGGCUGCUAGCAUCUCUGCACGUACUAUUCAAGAGUCAGCUGAUUAGUUAAAGAAGCAGUCAAGUGGGAAGUGCUCUAGUAUAAAGCAUUGUCGGGAUGUUACAUAGGUAAGAUAUGUGCCAGAAGAAUGACACGUAUUGCAGCUUUAAAUGAUUGGUCAGUUGGGAGCAGUGAAGAGGAGGACAUUGGACCCACACGAGAGGCCCUUGAAGCUCAGGCAACCAAGUCCUACAAUGAAGCUAUCAGAUACCUUGCUCAUGGAAACCUUGAGGAUGCUCAAGAGCAAUUCUUUCAAGUUCUUCAAAACCCUUAUAUUGAGAAGGCAUGCUGGCCAGAAGGUGUUAAACCCAGUGGCACUUUACCGCAGGACUUGGCACUGCGGUACUCGUGUCUCAAGAAUCUUGGUAACCUUGCUAGUAAACAAGGAGAUAAUGCUCAGGCAGCCAAAUACUACUUGGAGGCUGUUCAGCUGGAUAGUUCAGAAGUAACUCUUUGGCAGAGACUUGGAGCUACAGCAAUCAAGUUAAAGGACUUUGAACUUGCAUUAGUUGCAUUUCAGGAAGGUCUGACUGUUAAUCCAAAACACUGGCCAUGCCUUGACCAGUUGCUGUCUGUUCUUUAUAUUCUUGAAAUGUAUGUGGACUGUCUUGGAUUGGCAAUAUCUGCUCUUAUUCGAGAUCCUGGAUACAUUAAAGCUAAUGCAUUCAAGGAUAGGAUAUUUGAACUUCAGCCGUCACUCAUUCAAGACAUCAAGCACUUUUAUCGUGACAGCUCGGUUCUCUUCAAAGAAGUAGACUAUGAUAAAGCCAAAGGGGACAAAUUUAUUGAAACGUGUGAAUCUUUACGUCCUCCGAAUAAAAUUCCGCGACCAUCGUCGCCCUUGCAACUCCAACGACUAAGAAAACCCAUGUCAAAGCUUUCAUGGGUUGACCUUGGACAGGCGCUCAUGCUCACCUAUGAUUAUCUUGUGGACGCUGAUGGAAUGGAAUUUGCAGCAAGAAUUGAUGUAUAUGAUGCUUUGAACCCAGAAGAAAAACUUAGUGAAAGUGAUAAUGAAGUGAAGAAAAUAGAUCUGGUAGGUGAGAUUAGUAUUGACACAGAAACAUUGAAAGGAAAAAUGAACGACGGAAGAAAAGAAGAAGAAAGGGAGAUGAAUAUCAAUGGAGAAAAGAAGGGCAAUUUACAAAACACCAAAGAAUAUAUUUCAGAUGAUAAAUGCCAAGAUGACAAGAAAAAUGAUAAAUAUGAAAGUAAAACUGAAGGAUUUCAGGGAAGCCCAGUUCGCGUUUCCAGCCGGCGGUGCACAAUUGAGCUCGGCGAAAGUCGAGACUCGUUUAGGGUUGGUGAAAAGAGAAGAUCGAUAGACAGUGACACGUUUUCUCGGCUAGAUGAUGACAUGAAAGGAAGUGAAGAUGAUGAUAAUCAACUAAUGGAAGGAGACAAUUGUGCCAUUAAAAAUAACUCGGAUGAAGAGAAAGUCUGCCAUCAUAAUUUAGUCAACAAUAAAGAACCACAUACACAGAUUUCUCCUAAAUUAGCAGAAGUGCCAAAUGAGAAUGCUGCAAAUGAGAGCUCUAUGAAGGAAAAAGAAAAUAAUUGUGAAAUUGGUGAUAAAGAUAUGAGAGACAGUGUGAGCAAUAAUGAGAAGACUAAUGAAAUACAAGGUACAAGAGUGGAAGAUUCAAACAAUAAGGUUCUGAAUACUUCUGUCGAGUCUGAAAAUGAUUUCCGUGGCUUCACUACUAACCCAGCUCAUGAAGAUAGAAUUUUGAAGUUAGCAGAAAGUAAGUCUGCUCUGUAUACUGCAGUAGAGAAGGAUAAGAGUGCAGAUAAUCAUGUACAAUCUGAUAAUGUAAUUUUGAAUUCUGAAGGGCUAAACAUGGUAGUUCCAGAGAAAGCAGUUGUGACAGACAAUUGCGAGUUAUCAAAAAGUAUACAUAAAGAAGGCGAACAUAAUGGUAGUGUAAAGGAAAGCCCUUCAAACAAUUUAAAAGAGUUGUCUUCACCAAGGAAGGAUAUUGUUAAUGAUGAAAUAAUAAUCAACUUGAAAGCGAGUGAAGGAAUAGCUAAAGAUAAUGGAAGCAAAGAAGAAACCAUUGUACCACAAGAACUGGAAAGUGGAAUUGAGAGUACAAUCCUUUGUAAUAAAGCAAAUGAUGGAGCAAGUGAGAAAGAUAACAAAAUGGUUCAAGCAGUAGAGGCCAAUAAACAGCCAAUGGAAGAGCAUAGGGAAGAAAGAGCUCUUGCGUGUGAAGGUUUCGAGCAAGAUGACGAUGCAAAUGAAAUGGAUGAAGACAAACAAGAUGAUAGAGAAGAGGAGGAGGAGGAGGAAGAGGAAGAGGAGGAAUUGGAAGACCCUGAAGGAGAUGAAGAUGGUGAUUUAAGAGAAAAUGAAAUGCUACAGGAAGAGGAGGAGGAGGAGGAAGAAGAAGAGGGGAUGAAUUCAGAAGUGACAGAAACAGAAGCUGCUGUAAAUGCUCUCAAGGGCAUUAUGGCGCUUCAGCCUACUGAAAUAUUAGGGCUUCCAGAAAAUGAUUUUGAUUAUGACAAUGACUAUGAUGAAUAUUUUGAUGGCGGAGUAUAUGAGGAAGAUGAAGAUGAUAUGAUUCACGAAGAAGGAAUGGAUCAGGAAGAUGGGAUGGAUCAAGAAGAUGGUAUAGACCAAGAAGAAUUGGAUCAUGGAGAAGGGAUGGAACAAGAAGGUAUAGAUCAUGGGGAAGAACAAGAAGGAACAGAACAAGAAGAGGGGAUAGGGCAAGAAGGGACAGAACUGGAGGGUAUAGAGCAAGGAAGGGGUACAGAACAAGAUGGGACUGAACAAGGUGCUACAGAACAAGAGGAGGAGACGGAACAAGAAGGUUCAGAUCAAGAAGAGGGCAUAGAGCAAGAAGAUGGUACAGAACAAGAGGAGGGUAUAGAACAAGAAGGGGUAGAACAAGAGGAUACAGAUCAAGAUGAGGACAUAGAGCAAGAAGAUGGGACCGAACAAGAGGGUAUAGAUAAUGACGAAGGAAUGGAAGAAGCUACAGAUCAGGAAGAAGGGACAGAACAAGAAGGUACAGACCAGGAUGAAGGGAUAGAACAAGAAGAAGGUGUCAACAAUGAGGACGAAAUAGAUCAAGAAUAUAUUGAUCAAGAAGAUGUGAUGGAUCAAGAAGGGACAGAACAAGAAGAUGAAAUUGAACAAGGAGAUAAUCAAGAAGAGUCCUCGGAACAAGAUGAUGAUGCAAAUGCUUUAGAGGAAGAUUUAGAGGACCAGGAUGAAACUGAAAGGGAAGGGAUAGAAGAAACUGAAGAAGAGAGAGAUAUUGAAGAGGAUGAUGAGGAAGAAGGCCAAGAGAAUGAGAGCCAAGAAGAAGAAAAUGCUGAGGAAAUUCAUAAACCAAUAAAGAAAAAGAACCAGGAGGAAGUUGAUUUACCAAAAGAAAAGAAAAAUAAUGAAGUUGAUAUGGCUGUGAAAAUUGACUCUGGAAACGUGAACAGUUUAACAAGGAAUAAUGAUGUAAGAGUAGGUAAAGAAUCUGAGAAGAAGGGCAGUAGUUCAAAUAAUGGACAGUCAGACACAGUGGAUGAAAAUACAGGUGCUGAGGCUUCAGAUAAAGCAGAAGAAUCGCAGUCACAAACAAGUGCAGGGACUGGUAGAAAAACCAAGCGUUCCAAACGUGGUUUAGAGAGAGAGCUGGAACAGCUUGAUUAUUGGGGUAGGCGGCAAGAACGCGAUGCUAAACGACGCAGACGAACAAUCUCGUCAAAAUUACUAGGAGCAGUUGAAGUGGCAGAGUACUCGACAUGGGGAGAUCUUUUUCGAAGUUUUAUUCCUCCAUCUCUUCUGGAUAAUGGUGGUGGUGAUAAAAUGAAGAAGAUAGGACCUCAGAACACUUAUCUAGGUACCAGCACUAGUUGCAAAGGCAUGUGUUCUCCUAACACAAGUGGAAGUUCUGCAGACAGCCACCACACGAAGACUGAUCAGCCUAGCAAGUUAGGUGUUGCGGAGAGUGAAAAAGUACCUGAAACACCGAAUACGGUACCCAGCAGAGAUGUGGAUCUUCGUAACGGUAAAGAUGUUGCUACCAACAAUGUGUCAAAUACCAGUAGUGUCAAUGGCAUGUCUGCAGUUAACAGCACUGAUAGUCAAGUUGCCAGCAGUAAGAAAAUACUUGUUGGUGUUGCCCAGAAAAUUUCCCUGUUAGCAGAAAGUAGUGAGAAAAGCUCCCAUUCCUCUCAUGCUGGUUUAACACCCAAAAAUUCUGAAGUGGCUCUCAGUACAGAAAAGCAGUUGGUUAACCCAACAAUGGAUGUUAGUGAGCUUAACCAAAAUAUAACGCCAAUACAGGGAAGUGAACUACCCAAGAUAUGUGCAGUCAAAGAUGAAUGUGAAGAUAGAAAAACUGAAAUGAAGAGAAAGAGAGAGAUGGCCAUCUUCUCUUCUUCAACAGAGGAAGGACAGGUUGAAGCCUUUCUGAUGCGUCAUGAAGAGAAUGGGGGCAUUCUUGACCUAAGUCAGCAAUUUUUGCGUAUUCUUUUGAAGAAGCAUGGAACGGUGUGGCCUGUUGCAGCAGCAAAAAUGUUCACUGAAAUCUACCCUAGAGUCAGAAAUCAUGUGUACCACGGGCCAGCUCUGAGUCUACAGGAAAACCGGACUCGACUUUAUCAGGAUUCCCUGCUGUCUCUCACGCACUGGGAGCUAGCAGUGAGCCUCCAGCAUGUCUCCAAAAUGGAGAAUAGUCUUGCCAAGAAUAAUCUUGUGAAAGAAAAUUGCUACCAUUUGGAAGAUGACAUAGUUCACCUGACACUGAUGCUUGGACGCGGAGAUGUGUGGGUGGAGGAGGCGCCACAGUUUCACACACGACUACGAUGGCUUCAGGCCCAGAUAAAGCUUUGUCAAGAAGAACCUGAAGAGGCUGUUUUGUAUUUAGAAUGUCUUUUAGCAGACCUUGACCGGCUUGUUGACACUGGGAAGGAAUUCAUUGUUGACUGUGCCCGUGUAGAAACGGACCCAACUAUUGUGUGUAAUUCACAAGUCAAACGACACCUAAACUUCCUGCAGCGUUCUCAGAUGCUGGAGCAGGUUGUUGGAAAAUACACAGAUGGGUGUUACCAAGUAGUAGCAGAGCUGCUGACAACCAUAUUCCAUGAAUCUCCUCCUAAGCCUCGACCAGGUGUUACAUUGCCUACCAGACAGACACAGUUAGCCAUCCUUGUUGACUCCUUGUGCAAGCUUCAUGACCACAAGGGAGUCAUUAUUUGGGGAGCCCAGUCCUUGACAGAGGCCUUGAAACGCUAUAACCGAGCAGAGGCAGAGGAAGAGAAAAACAGAUGGGCGAAGACCUUAAUGAAAAUCUGUGACACUAUGGACACAACAUUAGAGAAAAAUCUUCAAAUCAUGCAUAAUGUAGAAUAUGAACGAAUGGUUGAACUAGUUUCAACAUUGAUCCAGAUGUUGGUGACACAGCUGGAAAGAGCGCAAAGUGCUCAGGUCCUGCCAUUUGAAACUCUUACUCCGUGGACACUUCUUCAUCGCCUUUUGGCUUAUGAGGAGGGCCUUCAAAAACAGAGAGAUACAACAAAGAUAGACAUGCAAGACAAUAAUGAGGAACAAGUAACACUGUCAACUACAGGUGAACUCGGCAAGAUGCACCAGAAUCUAACGCAGAUUGUCAACAGUUCAGGAUUUGCAGCAAUUGAUGGCAGCAAAGUUCCACCAGGCAAAAGCCUAGAGAGAAGUAAUGUAGAAGAGGAUGUGCCCGCUGAGAACAAAAGCUCUGGAGUUCCCUACCCAUCUACUCUCUUCCUCAUAACAGCUCAUGAAGAGCUUGGCAAACACUCCUUCUGUUGUUAUGAUGAUGGAGUAUUUUUACUCUACUGUCUGGACGUUCUGUUAGUUGAGUUGCGAAGAAGUUUGGAUGAGCAACAUCGGCAGUUAUUACACCAAACACUGGAACAGGUGUCUUUCUGUCUCUACUCACAUCCAUCCAAAAAAUCAAAGCAUAAACACCUGCGUGAUCAUGGAGUGCCUCAGAUAGCGUUGUGCUGGGAUCGGGCACUCCAGCUAUACCAGUACUACUGUCCAAACCGACUACCUGAUUUCCAGUCUUCACAGAUACCAUCUAUCACCGAUGAUGUGGCCACUUUCCAUAAGAGAAUCAUUGCUUUGCUUCCUGCAGAGAACAGAGCAGAGAACCACAUCUGUGGUGUGGAGGCAUAUAUCAGUGGAGAGCAGACAGACUGUAAUUAUACUCGCUUUACUCCACCCACGGAUAUAAUACGUGAUUGUUUUUAUCUUUUGGGUGAUUAUUAUUUUAAGAGCAAGGAGUGGACAAAUGCAAUCAAGUAUUACAAGCUAGAUGUUACCAUGAAUCCUGACAGAUUAGACUCAUGGGCUCCGCUUGGUUUAGCUAUGAAGGCAAUGUUGGAAACACAGCUCAACUCAUGUGAAAUCAUCCAAGAUGAAGAAUAUUUCUUCUCACUUGCUAAGUCAGCUGUAAGAUGUCUCAAGCAGGCUCUGAAGCUUGAUGAAUACCACACUAAUCUCUGGGUUGAAUUUGGGGGUUUAGUUUAUAUGGUGCAUUCCCAUGCUUCAAGACUUCUUAAGCAAGAUCUCAAUCCUGAUAUCAGCCUUGAAACAUUCCAAAUGCUUGAGGAGCUGAAAGGAGAAAUGCUUGAUCAGGCUGAAAAAUGCUUCACAAAGGCUCUAAAAAUUCGAGAGGAAGGUUGGGAUGAUGAAAAUUUGCCAGAUGAGAGAUGGCUUUAUUGCUACAUGUUAGGAAAAGUUGCAGAGAAGAAAGGCCAGCCAUCAGACAAAAUAUUGCAAUAUUAUAUUAAAGCUGGUAAAUAUUUGCACGAGCUACAGGCUAAAUAUCCUGUCAAAAUUAAUUAUAAUAGUCCUCAGGAGUAUUCAGUAGAAGCAUUAGAAAUGUACUAUCGUGUCCAUGCAUAUAUUCUGAAAUACUUACAGCAAAGAGAAGGCAAAAGUGUUGAACAAGAUACUAUUAAACUCUUUAUACAAAUCCUUGAUGAGUUAGCUACUGGACCCUUUGCCACUUGUCAAGAAAAGAAGAAAGUUGGUGAUAAUAUCAGUGGAAAAAUAGAAAACAUUUCACUGGUAAGACAAGUGCCAAACAAAGAUACAUCACUUGGUAAGAGACCACUAGAUAGCCUAGAAAAUGAAAAGGAAUCUCCAUCUAAGAAACUAGCGGGUAACAAAGAUCCCAGUGAUGUCACUGGUGCUGUGAAAGAAGUUGUUAAAGAUAUUGUUAGUGAUGCUUUUUCAAAAUCCAACCUCAGUAUAGAAGAUAACAACACUGACAAAGGUGGUGGUGCAAAAGUUUGUGGGGAAAAUACCAAUUUGGGAACAGAAACAAAUCCCAUGAUUAUAAAGUCAACUCCAGAAAAGGAUAAACGAGAAAGUGAUGAUGAGAUUCAGGUAGUGGAAGAAAAGGUAAUAGAGAAAAAGGAUCACAUGAAUGUUAUUGCAAGGUGUAUCACAGCUCUUAAACUUUGUUUAUCGAGGUUUUCAGAAAAUUACAAAGCACUCUAUCGCUUGGCAUAUUAUUAUAACACUUCUAAAUUUCAUAAGGAUUGCAGCCGCUCCAGAAACUAUUUACUAGGGUGUGAUUUCUGGCAGAGAGUGACAUACAUGCCAGUUAAUGGACUCUUUAAUGAGCGUAAAGUAUGGAUUCAACAGCCCAAAAAUUCUAACUUUUUCCAUGGUGUCUGGAGAAUACCAAAUGAUGAAGUUGAUCGCCCAGGAAGCUUUGCUGCUCACAUGUAUCGGUGUGUGUCCUUAACCUUGGAUGUCUUGCCUCAGAUGAAGGAUUUUUUUACAGUUUUGCAAAUUGCUCUUGCUCUUAAAAAUUCACCUGAAAAAGACAAAAAGUACCUGCGGGACAAUGAGCGGGAAUUACUGUCAGAGCAUGCUACUCAAGUUGGCUUACAAGCUAUGAGAGACAAAUACAGAUGUCUAUUCAAGGGAACUUCCCCAGUGCAUAGGAAUCGUUGCCUUUCCUUCCUCCUGGAUAUACAUCGAUCAUACAAACAAAUAAGCAGACACUUGCCAGGUUCUGAGCCUCAAUUAGCCAAGAUGCUUACUGAAGCCUAUUCUUCAUAUAGUGGUAUGAAAGCAGAUAACCGUUCAACUUUAUUAAGGGAAGCAGAUGCUUUCUGUAGUAGAAAUCAGCACCUACAGCCCCGCAUUGCACCAAUUGUUACUAGUAACCAAGUUAAUAUGAGUAGCAAUAUUAGUGGAUCUCCACAAUUUUCACGCAGAGGACGACCUCCAGGAACAGGGCGAGGUCGUGGACGAGGACGAGGUUCCGUGUAUUCUGUUCAAGUAGACCGUGUUGUGGCUUUACACGAGGCCUACAGAGUAUAUUCCAAAAUGUAUGAUACACAGACUCUGCUGAAUAUGAAAGACCUUGAUCGGCAUUCUAGAUAUACUCAUCAAAAGGAACUUGAAUAUGCUAAGUCAGAACUGGUGAAGUAUUUAAAAUAUCCUUAUAUUUCUCAGUACUUCAAGGAACAGUCUCAAAUUAUGGGAACAACAACAGCUAAAUUGCCCCCUCCACCCGGGUUUAUAGGCACUCCUACUACUGCUGCAAUGUCUGCUAGAAACACUUUUGGUCACCAAAGUGUCAACACCACAACACAAAUAUUGCCUACCACAAAUUUAAAUCGACCAGCUCAUUCAACACAGUCUGGUCAAUUAAGGCCUGCAAUAAGUUCCUUAGCAGCCAGGUCUGAAACUCACGGCAUAUCCAUUACCACCGUCUCUGGUACAAAGCCAUCCACCCUCACAACAAGUCAGACUCUGAAACCUAAAAUGUCAGUCACUGUCAGUCCUGUUAAAACCUCAUGCCUUCCAUCUCUACAGGAUUGUAGUGAAAUUUCUGUUUUGUCUGUGUCUCGUCCUUCUGUGUCCAGUAGACCUACAACGACCACCAUAACAUCUAAACCAGCGAUCAUUGCAACAUCUAAACCAGCAACCAUCACACCAUCUAAACCAGCAACCAUCACACCAUCUAAACCAGCAACCAUCACACCAUCUAAACCCGCAACCAUCACACCAUCUAAACCAGCAACCGUCACCACAUCUAAACCAGCAACCAUCACACCAUCUAAACCAGCAACCCUCACCACAUUUAAAACAGCAACCACCACAACAGAAUCUCCUGCAGGUAUAGUACAUAGGCCAACACCCACAAGAGCAUCCAGCAUAGCAUUACCCAAGUCAACUGUCAAUGAAACCUCUACUGUUAAUGUAAACACUUCCUGGGCAAAUGAUUCUGCAGGUGGGAGCUCUGUACCCAAAUUACCCGCUGGGACCACAAUCAUCCGCCCUGGUGACUUACCUUUAAGCAGAAGCUCUGCCCCUCGAUCACAACCACAGACUCAAGCUUUUCCUCCUAAACUCCCAGCAUCUGAUUCUGUUGAAAAGGACUUGACAAGCUCUGCAAAAAAUACAUCGCCUGAGAUUAUCAGCAGCAGUGGAAUUUCUGUAACCCGAGCUAGCACAACUGUCAGCAGCACAAAGCAUGCAGCAUCAGGACAAGUCAGUAAGCCUUCCUUACCAAAAGGUAUAACCCCAGCACCACGAAUCAAGAGCCAUCUAAAGCCACAUAUGGCUGUCAAUAAGCCAGCGCCAUCAGCAUCAUCAUUUUCAAGAGCUUUUGAGGCUUCACUUGGGUUGGCAGGAAACAAAACUUCGUCUGGAAGGACGGCAGAAUCUACAAGUCCUUGUGGUACCAGAACAGUAACUGGCACGGAGGUACGAAGUCCAGCAUCCAAGUCCAGUAAACAAGUUGUACAGUUAAGUGCCGCACAACUAAUGCAGCAAGCAUACGAUGAUAGACCUUCAAGAAAUAUAUCAGGACUAUUGAAUCAGUAUGCCAAGCCACAACAACCUGUUAGGGGGCAAUCCACAUCUCAUCAGUCACAGACAUCUGUGCCUAAACGUACACAAGUUGUAGCUAAUCAAAGGCCAUCUCCUUCAGGAUCCCAGCAUCCACAGCCUUCAGGAUCUCAACGACUACAGCCACCUCUUCGGCCACAACCAUACGGAUCUCAAAGACCGCUGGCCAACUCUUCCCAAAGACUCCAGCAACAACCUAGACAUCCCCAAAUUAGGCAGUCACCAUCCAAGUCAGUCCAGAGCAAGCCUAGUCAGGGUCAAAGUGGAUCAUCAGAUGAAAUCAUUAUUUUAGACUGAAAAGUUGUAUCACGUGUAAAGCUAUUAUCUGAAUAUACACUUGGAGUUACUACAAAAAACAGCUGGUAAAUUAAGCAAUUAGUGAUGAUCAUGGGUAUUGCUUGUACAGAAUAUAAAAGAUGCUCUAAUAUCAAAAGUAUUUAAUAAUAAUGAGUUUGUCCUCUAUUAAAAAAAAUUGAAACUUGAAGAGCAUAUCUGGUGAGAUCCCCAGUAGCUCUCUGAAAAAAAGUGUGGAUCCAGCUAAGCCCUUAGGAGAUGCACUAGGCCUUUGUGACCCACAAUUGCCUACUGAGAGCCAGGAUCAGAAUCUGCCUCACUUUGCGAGACAAGAGAAACUUGGGAAUUGGGGAUCAAUCCAAAGAAAAAACCUAAACAAGCAGGGAAGAAAAUUAGGGACCCUUGGGUAAGGCAAACAGUUAUUGCUGCCAGUUAAGCAUCCUAACCAUGAUGUGUCUGACUGAUACCAGGUGACAGUGCAGGCCAUCCAGCCAGAUCAAAGUCUCAGGGGGCCUGAUAACUCUGACAGGGUUCAUUCUUAGCUUCACACUUUAGAUAUGUUGUGUUGGCUAUCCCUGGAACAUUAGCUCUGCUGGGGCACAUUGCUUUGUUAUUGUUACUCUUCUCUUUCACAAUUGUUUUCUAUGAUAAAAUCUCUAGGAUCCAUGAGGAGGCUUCGAACAUGCACACUGGGUACUCGCAACCACGCGCACACUAAACCACUUGGCCAUAAUAUGCUAACAGUAAUGCAACCUGGGAUUCAACUGAAUCCUCUAGGGGUCCUGAGGCUUCCACUGAAACCUACUGAUUUUCUCAUUGAUACAUCACAUUAAUGUGAUUUCUUUGUGCAUUGUUUUCAGUUUUGCACAUAUUGAAUGUGCCUCUGGCUAUAUUAUUUCACUCCAAACUAUGGACCAGGUAUUCCUUCCUUGGUAUUUGGCUUGUGUUUCCCCUGCCCCACCAGAGAUUACUUCCUCGAAGAGGUUUGGGUUUUCUCCUUAAUGAGCUGACUCGGGAAGAGUUGCCUCACUUGUAGGUAGCAUACAGGACUUGAUCUCUACUGCAAUGUCUGUUGAUGAGAACUGUACUAAUUAGCUGUGUGUUGUUUAACGUUUGUUUUCAUGUCUAACCCUGCUCCUGGUGUAUGUUGGGACUUUGCACUAUCACUGUAGUUGGGAGGUGUUCAUGUCUGCGGGGUGCCUAUGCCAUUUCCUGCCAGAUGUAUAUGGCUGGGGUUCAGGGUUUGUUCAGCUGAUAUGCUUCUUUCAUAACUGGCAUACCUGCAUGUCUGAGUAGCUGAUUUCCCUCACACAUCAUCUUUUGUCAGUGUUCUCAGGCAGGCUGUUUCUGCUUCACAACCAUUUCCAUACCUUGCAGCUUUCCACAGAGGAGGCAGGGUCGCCUCCUUCCCACCUUGGUGGCUCAUGCUAGCCUCAGCAUUCGAGAAGUGGGGGAAGCCUCCAAUGGAUGAGUGUCAUUUGAUAUUUUUGUGGUGGUGGCUUUAGCUCCGCGUAUUCUGUCCAAAUGUUGGACAGAAUUAACUUGUCGCCUCAGUAUACUGGUACAGUCUUCAUGCACUGUUUACAUAUAUUGUAAAAAUAAAUUAAAAAUAAACCCAACACAGAUUACCCAGGCCUUUACCUCAUUAAUUCAAGCAUUGCCAUCCCUACUGUUGAAGGGGAUUUUGUCCUUUCUCUUGGGUGUUCACUGUGGGACCCACUAUUUUGUGCAGCUAGCUCAGGCUGGGGUUCGUGGGUUUUUUCUGAUUCUUAGAUUAUCACCUCUGGUGAUGGUUCUACCGUGCUUUGGCUUGUGUUCCUCCUGGUUACAUCACUGGGUGUGUUGCUGGAAGUAACGGUUUGAUGUUCUUUUCAGUAUUUUGACAGCAGCACCCAAGUCUGCAUAACUAGCAGACCAUGGAUUUGGUGGUGUAUUACAGGGAUGCUCAUCUUCAGUUAGAAGGAGAUAUGGGACUAUCUUGUCUGGUGUUCCUUUUCCAUUCCCCCUCCCAGUUUUGAGCCCUAGGAGGUAUAUAAACUUGGCUCCGACCCUCUUCACCAUUGGCAGGGAUUGGUUCUCAAGGCCUUUAGAAGUUUGUUGUUUUGAUUUAACCCUGUGGCAGUUUUUGCUACCUGCUGCAUUUCAGUCAGUGGUGCCUGCUUUGGAUCCUCCUCCAAAACCUUGGUCUUGCAUCAGUUUUGUUGCUAUAUUAGUUUUUUCUGAUGUGCCAUUGAUUGUGACUUGCCUAUUGACUCCCCAGUUUUGGAUUUUCUGUGAAUGCUGAUGUGCUUCUGGACCUAGAGUCCAGAAGCACCAAUCCUUGGCACUGGGCUAUGAACCUGCUGCUUUCCUGACUGUGUCCAGACAUUUGAGGGCUUUGUACCCUGUCAUUCCUGAGUGGUAGACAUGUCUUUGCCUGAGCUAUGUGUAUGGCUGGGUUCCUGGUUGUUCCCGGUUGUUCCCAAGCACAUGUUGAUGCUCCAGCUCUUCGGGCCAGGCUGUCUGGCUGUGUUCCAGGUUGUUCUCGAGUUGGUUGCUGAGGGCUUUUUUGGUAAGGUGUUCAUUGGUUCUUGGGCAGAGUGUCUGUCUGUUGCUGAGUUGGUUUGCCUUGACUUCCUGGGUGUUGGCAGCUGUCUUGGUGAUCUGGCUGUUGUGGAGACAUUGACUUGCCUGUGACGCCAGUGAUCCAGAGUUCCUCUGGGGCAUAGUGACUAGUUCCCAGGGCUAUGGGCAUUUGGUAUAGAGUCCCUGUGGCCCAGUCUGCUGCUCAUUGGCUCCUGGUAUCCCUCUGGGCUUUUUGGUUUCAGCCAGUUGUUAGCAUCUUCGCUCACUUACUGCUUAGCUGCUAUUUGGGCCUGGGGCUUGUCUUGGAUGGUCUAUCUUGGUGUUAACCUUGGCUCAGCUUGGGAUUCCCUUGGCCUUACGAUGCAUGUAUUGUACUGCUGCAUCUGAUGCACUAUGGAAACCCCCUCUGCCCUGAACCCUUGUAUUUUUCUUCUAUCCUCUCCUGUCUUCUAUGUGUAAGCCCUGGUAAUAUUUUUCUGUUUAUUGCUAUAUUCUCAGAAAUGCUGGUCUCCUCUGCAGGCACAUCAUUGUUAGUUCUGGGAGCUAUUGAGUGGAGCCUUCUCAGAAAUUAUGUAUUGAAUGUGGGUGGGGCCCUCAGUAGCUCCCUGUCUCCAUCGUGUUUCCUUCUACCCAGUGACGGUAAAGGGCUUGGUUUUAGCAACUUGUGGAUGAGCUGGCUGGACUGGGACCCUGGCUGGGACCCUGGCUGGGACCCUGGCUGGGACCCUGGCUGGGGCUCUGGGGUGACCUGGGCUACCACUUAGUGGUGGCCCAGGUCAUCUCUCAAUGAGGUUGUUUACAUCACAGCAAUGAUUGUUUGCCUUGCUUCCUAAGAAUACCUUAAUUUCUGACAAUGGCUUGUUUUGUUUCACUUAUACUUUCUGGUAUUUUUAUUUUUAUUUUGGGUUAAUCUCCGAUUUCCAUGCUCCCUGCUCACCUCUUAGAGAGUCGGUUUCUGUUCCUGACUUCCAGUAGGCAAGGAUGGGUCUCAGAGAUCUGAUGCGUCUCCCUACGGUUUGGCUGAAACAGCACUAAGCUCUGAGGGCUCUACCAGAAAAGUAUAUUUUAUUACAUUAAACUCAAUUUUUAUUUA